AUGGCCGACCUCAUGCGCUUGUCGCGGCCAUGGCUGCUCGCCCCCCUACGAUCGACCCGACCAUCCCCAGCGUCUCCCAUACGAAUCGGCCUUAGCCGCAACAUACAUACCACAUCGUCACUGUACGCUGCGAACAGGAGGAAACCCGCGAGGCCUGCGCCCAGUGCCACCAAGCAGCAUCGAGACCGAGCACAGCAAGCCGAAGCCAACUCUUCCAUCCUCGCCCCUAUGACCCUUGUGCCCCCUCCUGUAACGCGGUAUCCGCGUGAGCCGCGCAAGUUCAUGCACAUGCUGUGGCUGCUCACCAAGAACCGCGCCCAGGCCUUCUGGGCCACGUGCGGCGUGAAGCUGAUGUCGCAGCCGCGCAAGUUCAUCAGCCGAUCCAAAUUCAAGGCGAACCGCAGCGCCGUUGUGCCCGUCGCCAAGGCCAUGCACGUGCAGAUGUCCGAGGCCCUGGCCAUCGGCGACCGCGAGACCCUGCGCCGCGUGUGCGCGCCCGAGCUGUUCAAGUCGCUGGCCGGCACCAUCGAUGCUCGACCCAAGGGCAUCCGCUCCGAGUGGGAGCUCGUCCGGUACAACAGCACGUGGUACUACCCGCGCCUCGCCGACUGGCGCGUGUCCUACCAGCCCAUGCAGUCCGCGCGGGGCAGCAUGAAGCUCGUCAAGCAGGCCGUCGUCAGCAUCUCGAGCGUGCAGCGCCUGGCGCGGUACGACGAGACCAAGGGCGGCGCCAUGGUCCCCGGCAGCGAGCGCGUGCGCGACAUUGUCGAGCACAUCGUGCUGCAGGCCGAGAUCGACCAGAAGACCUUCGAGAGCCAGCCCUGGAGGAUAUGGGGCAAUCUGUCCGAGAUGACAUACGAGAGCUAUUUAGACGACGUCACGAAUCUCGAGGCUGUCACGGGGAACCAGUGA